AUGAGCUACAUCACCCGCCGAGGUCUCUCGACCCUCAUCCCUCCCAAGGCGAUCGGUGCUGCCAAGGAUGCUGCCCGUAUGGACCGCGUGGUGAACUUCUACGCCAAACUCCCCCGUGGCUCCGCCCCUGAGGUCAAGCCUACCGGUCUCAUCGGCCGUUACCAGGCUCGCUACUUCGGCAAGAACCCUUCUGCCGCUCCCCUUGCCCACGCCAUCGGUGGCAUUCUCCUUCUCGGAUACAGCAUGGAGUACUACUUCCACCUCCGUCACCACAAGAACCACCCUCACUAA